AUGUGGAACACUGUGUUGAUACUUAGCAUUUUUACUGCUUUGGUUUUGUGUUAUGGUCACAGAAAAUCACACAAUCAUGCAGAUAAUUUAAUUGUGGAGGCUCCCAUGGGCAAAUUUCAUGGCGCGGUUUUAAAAUCCAGGUUGGGCAAGGACAUAUUUUCGUUCAGGGGCAUCAGAUAUGCCCAACCACCUGUUGGCGACCUUCGCUUUAAGGCUCCAGUCCCUGUUACUACUUAUGAAGGAGUGUACAAUGCAACUGUUGAUGGCGACGUUUGUCCACAACCACCAUUUUCCGUACCAAUGUCAGAAGACUGCCUUUUUUUAAACGUAUAUACCACACAGCUUCCCAAACACGGCAACAAUCCGAAGAGGCCAGUAAUCAUCCACCUGCAUGCAGGGGGAUUUUAUGUAGGCACCGAAAGGAGCAACUGGGGUGGACCUCAAUACUUUAUGGAUCGAGAUGUGGUUUUAGUAACAAUGAACUACAGAUUAGGUUCUUUGGGAUUUUUAUCUACUGGUGACAUGCAUGCGAUCGGCAAUAACGGUUUAAGAGAUCAAGUAGUUGCCAUGAAAUGGGUGCAAAGGAACAUCGCAGCUUUUGGUGGUGACCCACAUUCCGUAACAUUGAUGGGUUACAGCGCCGGUGCUUGGAGUGUUAUCCUCCACAUGGUUUCUCCCAUGUCAAAAGGUUUGUUUCAUAGAGGUGUAGCUUCUAGCGGCACACCAAUCGGCAUUUUUCCUUUACCAAAUUCACAGCCGGAAAUAGCCAAAAAACAGGCCAGAAUUUUGAAUUGUCCCGACGAUACAACGGAAAACAUAGUAAAAUGUCUAAAGACGAAAUCGGCUGAAGAGCUUGGAAAUUCAUUGCCACGCUUUUUUGAGUUUGGUUCAAAUUCGAUUCUCCAAUGGUCUCCCGUGAUUGAAGAGGAUUACGGACAGGAAAGAUUUUUACCUGAUCAUCCUAUUAAUUUGAUCAAUAAAGGUGAAUUUAUGGAUAUUCCUUUAAUGGCUGGAGUUACUGAAGAUGAGUUCUCAGGACAAGUGAUUCAAUUGCAACAAAAUAAAACCAUGCUAAGAGAACUAGAUGAAAAUUGGGAAACAUUAGCACCGAUUUGUUUUAUUUAUGAACGAGAUACGAACAAAUCUAAAUUGGUUUCAAGAAAUAUCAAAGACUUCUACUUAAAAGACACAACAAUUGAUUCACCGAACUAUAUAGAAUCACUUAAAAAAAUUUUUGCUGAUGCUAUAGUAGGAAACAAUGUGAACAGGUUGAUAAAAUUUAUGUCACAGAAACUGUCCAACUCCAUAUAUUAUUACAAGUUUAGUUUUCAAGGAAGAUACAGUCAUAUAUAUCUUCCAGAAACAACAACGCCUAUCGGUGUGGUUCACCAUGACGAUUUAAUUUAUACCUUUUAUAUUUCUCCAUUGUUCCCAUAUUUUAAUAUAACAGACCCGGAAUAUAAAAUGGUAAAACAACUCACUACAUUUUUUGAGAACUUUGCUAAAACUGGCAACCCCACUCCACAAAAAUCUAAGGUAUUAGAUAACAUAACUUGGCAACCUUUUAAUGAUGCUACAGAAAUGUUCUUGGAUAUUGGAAACAGUUUGAUGUUGAAAGAAAAAAUGUUUAAAAAGCGUUAUGAUUUUUGGGAACAACUUUAUCCUACAGGUCAAAUUUAAAUUGUGUAAACUGUAUUUGUGCUUAUUAAAUAAUUUAAUAAACAUUAUUAAGAA